GGGUCAGAAGUUUUAGUUACACUAAAUUGACUGUGCCUUUAAACAUCGUGAAUCUAAUGUUAUAUUUCGAAAUAUAACCCUGGAAUGCAGACUCAGAAAGUUAGUGCCAGUGUGUGUGUUCAGAUUUCACUUUCACCUGCUCCUCUUUUUGUUGACUUUGCGACAAGAUAUUGUACCAAGUCAUCUCAUUUAACAUAUGUUUUGUUUUGUUAGGAGUAAUACGUCUUCCUGCCAGUGACGGCUAAGGAGGAAGAAGUGUGGAGAACACAAAAUGGCAAGUAGGGCUCCUCCCUCCCUCGGGGAGACCCACCAUCGGUCAGAGAUGAAGAUUGUGCUAAUUGGGGGAAGACAGAUGUGGGAUAUAGAAGCCAGCGGGAAGAGUUCAAUAGGAAACACCAUCCUGGGCAGAGACAUUUUUGAGACAGGAAGAAGAACUGCCCAAUGUGUGAGCGGACAACGGUAUGUGUAUGGGAGGCAGAUAACUUUGAUUGACACCCCAGGCUGGUGGUGGAGUUAUCCUGCAGAUGAUACUCCCAAAUUGGAUCAAUUGGAAAUCAUGAGAAGUGUAUAUCUAUGUCAUCCUGGACCCCAAGCCUUUCUCUUGGUCAUUCCCGUGGACACCGUUUUUCCCAACAUAUUCAAAAGAUCGUUACAAGAACACCUGGAGCUAUUCAAUGAUAGAGUCUGGAGACACACUAUUGUGCUGUUUAGUACAAUCACUCCCCCCAAUGACAGAAGUUUACAGAAACACAUAAGCGAUUGGCCGGAUCUUCAAUGGCUUAUUAAGAAGUGUGGGAACAGGUAUCAUGUUUUGAAUGUCAAUAACAGGGGUGAUGACACCCAGGUCACAAAGCUCCUGGAGAAGAUAGAAGAAAUGGUGGCAGGAAACAAUGGCAAUCAUUAUGAGACAAACCAAGCUCUGUCUGAAGAGCUGGAAGAGAAGAGAUUAGCAGUGAUUGAAGUAGCCAAACGGAUGAUGGAUAAGGUACAGAGACAAAGGACCAGACUCAGAGCGCUGAUCAAAGGAGAGGCAACUAGCCCAACAUACCUCAGGCUUGUGAUUGUUGGGGCACAAUGGGCUGCCAGGAGCUCAGCAGGAAACACCAUUCUGGGGGAAGGUGUGUUUGAUGUUGCUGAUAAUACAAGAAGAACAGUGCACUGUGUGACAAGACAUGGUGAAGUAGCAGGGAGGCAGCUUACGGUGGUUGACACACCAGGCUGGCACUACAAUAGUUCUCUACAGAACACCUCCAAGAUGGAUAGAUUUGAGAUAGUGCACAGUGUGUUUCAAUGUCCUCCAGGACCCAAUGCGAUCCUUCUGGUGGUUCCCUUAGCAACAGCAUUCAACAAAUCAUAUGAGAGAGCUGUUGAGGAGCACAUGGGUCUCCUCACAGAUGCAGUCUGGAAGCACACGAUUGUGCUCUUCACACGAGGAGACUGGCUGGGAGACACAACUGUUGAGCAGCGCAUUGCGAGUGAAGGGAAGGGUCUUCAGUGGCUCGUUGAGAAAUGUGGUAACAGAUACCAUGUUUUUGACAACAAGAAUCGAAGUGAUGCAACACAGGUAAUCGAGCUGCUGGAGAAAGUAGAGGAGAUGGUGGCAGAAAACAGAGGUUGUCCUUAUGAAAUUGACACAGAUGUUUCAGCAGACUUGGAACAGAAAAAGAGGGCUGGAAAAGAAAGAGCUCAAAAGAUCAAAAUGAAGGUGCAGAGACAAAUGACGACACUCAGAGAACUGUUUAAAGGGGAGGAACAAAUAUUCUCUGAGGACGAGUUGAGAAUUGUACUUGUUGGGAGAAGAGAGGCUGGGAAGAGUGUGGCAGGAAACACAAUACUGGUUGGAGAGUUGUUUCCGACAGCUUUGACCAAGGAAUUCAGAAUUCAAAACAGAACUAUGCAGUGUGUAAUGCAACAAAAGAGAGUUGCUGGGAUGAAGCUCAAAGUUGUAGAUACACCAGGCUGGUGGAAGAGAACCCCACAGGAUGCACAAGAUUGGAUUCAAGAUGAAGUGGUGCGCAGUGUCUCUCUCUGUCCACCUGGCCCCCAUGCUUUUCUUCUGGUCAUUCCCAUUUCUGCACCAUUUUCAGAGGGAGACCUCAAAGCAGUAGAGCAGCACCUUGGGCUAUUAACUGAGAAAGUCUGGAGACACACAAUGGUGCUGUUCACCUGGGGAGAUUGGCUAGGAGACAGAGCCAUUGAGGAAUAUAUUGAGAGAGAAGGAGAGGCACUCCAACAACUUGUUGAAAAAUGUGGGAACAGGUAUCAUGUAAUGAACUGCCGUGGCUGGGAUGAUAGCUCUCAGGUCACAACACUGUUGAGGAAGGUAAAGGAGAUGGUUGUACGUAACAAAGGGCACAGUUUCACUAUUGAACAGAAGAGUAGGCAGAAGCCAAUGCUUCACUGGUUAGCAGGAAAGGGCAUGAUGACCGAAGAGGAAUGGAACAGGAGAGAAGAGGAACUCAUAGAGCGGAUGUUGAAGGCAGUGGUGGUAGAACCAGAGGAAUCCAAACUGCCAUUUGUACGGGGGAAGGAAAGCAUUGAUUUCUUCAUCCCCAGCAUGAGCUGUGAGACUCCCUCUGAAGUUGGGAGUUCCUACAUAAAUUAUGGAGCACAUGCCAAGGUGUCUGAAUGGAGAGUGAAGUAUGCUGGGAGAUCUGCGGCAUCCUCUGGGCACGGCACUAUGAGUUCAGCAGUCAGUUACAUGGGCGAAUCUCUGGACCGAUGGGAGAAUCUAGUCAAGGAGAGUCUGGGGGACGGCAAGAUAAGGGCAAGGAUGUUGGAUAGUCCUGCAAAGUCAGAGGCCCACACUUAUGGGGUGAAAACCAAACGUAGGAAUUCACAUUGAGCAUAGUUCAAAAUGACAAUACUAAGAGUAAGAAAGUAAUACUUACUUUUGAGAAAAUACAUAACACAUGUACUGUUCUUGGAACAAGCUCUUGCCUUGGCUUGACACAUCUGGGGCAUAAUAUCAGGACCUCAUCCGAGAAUUGCCAUAAGCAAAUGUUCUUGCAGGAUAUUUCAGCAUUGUCAUGGGGGUUUCUUGAUAUUCUUCUUUUUAGUUGAAGAUGGUGGCAGAUUACUUGUAUCUUUCCAUGUAUUUGUGUACAUAUACCCUGAGUGUACAAAACAUUAGGAACACCUGCUCUUGGUUUCACCAGGUGAAUCCAGGGGAAAGCUGUGAUCCCUUACUGAUAUCACUUGUUUAAUCCACUUAAAUGAGUGUAGAUGAUCAGUAGGAGACAGGUAAAGAAGGAUUUUUAAGCCAUUUGAAGCAUGGAUUGUAUAUGUGUGCCAUUCAGAAUGGGCAAGACAAAAAUACUGCAACACUGCUGGGUUUUUCAUGCUUAUGAGCUUCCCAUGUGUAUCAAGAAUGGUCCACCACCCAAAGAACAUCCAUCAACUUGACACAACUGUGGGAAGCAUAGGAGUCAACAUGGAACACUUUCGACACCUUGUAGAGUCCAUGCCACAAUGAAUUGAGGCUGUUCUGAGGGCAAAAGAGGGUGCAACUCAAUAUUAGGAAGGUGUUCCUAAUGUUUGGUAUACUCAGUGUACAUUAUCAAGUCAAACCAAUUAACAAAUGAUAUGUUGAUCAGAUAUGUAUGUGACUACUAUAUACUACUAUUCUACUAUUUAAAAAAAACCAUGUAUUUUAUUUUUUUAUUAUUUUUUUACCCCUUUUUCUCCCCAAUUUCGUGGUAUCCAAUUGUUGUAGUAGCUACUAUCUUGUCUCAUCGCUACAACUCCCGUACGGGCUCGGGAGAGACAAAGGUUGAAAGUCAUGCGUCCUCCGAUAGACAAGCUCUUUGACCACACACACACUAGUGGUGGGUUUGGCAUCAAAAAAACGUAAGUAAAAUCUUUGUUAAAAUACAAAUUGUUUGUGGCAGAGCUCAUUAGAAUAGUUCUCAGUUUGCACAUUUACAUUUAGGUAAUUUAGCAGACACUCUUAUGAAGAGCAACUGAGGUUGAUAAACAACCACAUAAAACAGUCAUAACAAGUCAAACGUUUAUGCAACCUUUACUGAGAAUGUAGUUGUAGUUUGGGGGCUACUUGCAGUGGUAGUUUUGGUGUUUUAGUUAGAUACAUUACUUGGCAAAAGUAUCUUUGCCCAUCUCUGUAUAUUUAUUGUUCUUUUUUAUGUCCCUUUUGUAUGGUUUUGGACCAAAUGACUAACUUUUUGGGGAUAAUAAAGUUAAAGAUAUGCUUUGGAA